AUGGGUUUUUGCAGGUCUUAUUGCCUUGUUACAGCUAUAAUUGGUGCUAUUUUUCUACUCGGACUUGGAGCUGCUCUUAGUUCUGAUUACAAGUAUAUUGAGAUGGAUGAUAAGCCAUCUCAUGCAAAUUUAUGUUAUUGGACCGCAUUAGUUUACGCAAUCCUUGCUAUUGUUCUUGGGAUUUGGCAGUAUUCUUCAGAAAAGAAAGAAAAAUCAUCUAAAAAGGUUUCAGAUAAGAAAGGCAAGAAAAAUAAAAAAUCUGAGCAGAUUGCAAACCCUGCAUUUGAAUCUGCAAGCCUUACAACAAGUUUGUUAGUCAAAGAAGGAAAAAAAGACAAAAAACAUUAA